CGCUCAACUCUUCCUACGAUCAUCUCACUACUCGAUGACGCUUGAUGUAAAUACAUCAUAGCUUUGUGCUCCGCCAAUCGCACAUUGAAUAAAUGAGUUGCAAAUUGUAACAUUGGUGAUUGCAUCCGCAUCCGGCACUCGGCUGGCUGGCUGGAACGACUCCCGCAACGUCCAUAUCGCCCUUCAACCGCGCCAGCUGCGCGACCUGAACGUGCAGCAUGUUCUCCGAAUAUGCCUCCCGCUUCCUCCAGCAAAGUAACGCCCGUCUGUCCUUCACGCAAGAGCAGCAGCAACAGCGACCCACAUCCCGUAACCCGCUGGACCGACGGCGUCAGUACGCGCCGCGACCGAGCAUGAGCAAUCCAUACCAGCCUUCAGCGUCGCAGUCCCGCUUUCCGUUUGCUUCGCGACUCGGUAGAACGAACGAGUCGCAAGCACCGCUAUUCUUCAGCACAACCGAAGACUUUCCGGAGGAAGAUGAUGAAAGCGAGCAGCACGAUCGAGAUGUCGCGGAUGCGUGGGCGUUGCAGCGGAGUCGGCAGCACUUUGGCCGCAGCAACUUGACCGAAAGCUCAGAGCUAGAUGACGAUGGUAUGGAGAAGGUAAAGCUGGCAGGACAGGAUCACGAUAGAGACGAACGCGGGAGGGCGCCGGCAUCACGAGCUACGAGUCGAACGACGAGUGCGCCGGAGUCAGUGGCAAGCUCGCCACCCAGCUCGAAAGGACGAGGGAGGCUAGUAGACGUCAAUCUGGCGAGCACAAUCCAAGAAGAUCCAUCCGAAUCUCUUGUCGGGGACUCGCCGGUUGACGUGGACGAGCCUCCUGCACCGUUCCAGACAUUCAGAAGUUCAGCGAAGGAUGCGCGGCAAAGCUACUUAAUGCCCAUGGAGACGGACGAGGAGGCGAACAUUGCCAUGCCUAGGCCACCAUCACCGAGUGGAGAAAGUGUACCCCCGACGAUCAUUCUACCCGCGCAGGAGCCGCCGAAGCACGACGUAUUUUGGGCCAAUAUCUUCCAGAUAUCGCUCUUUGCGAUGUUCGCUGCAUUCGUACUGAUCUGGUUUCACACCUCUUCGCCAACCAAGAAGACCCCACUUGGAGACACCAUCUACAGCGCGCUAAGAGGCAGUACUAGCAUGCUUCUUUGGGACACAAUGAUCGCAACCACUGUCGCUCUCGUCUGGCUUGCCCUCCUCCGAAGCUAUGUGCGUACCUUUGUGUACCUGAUUCUCCUAGCCGUGCCGGUCAUCCUUUUCUCCUUCACCCUCUAUCCCCUAAUCAACUCCUUCCGAGGCACCUACCAUGGCGACAGCAUCCAGGACCGCGCUAUGCGAUGGCUUUCUCCGAUACCCGCUGUUCUUGCUGCAGUCUGGACGUGGCAAGUCAUUCUCUCUCGCCACAGCCUCGCCAAAUCCAUCAGCAUCCUCGAGUUCAGCACUAAAAUCCUCGCUUCUUCGCCUUACCUUAUUUUUCUCGGCUUUGCCACGCUCGGAGUCGUAGUGGGAUGGACCUGGCUUUGGAUGCUCAUGUUCGAGCGCAUCUUCCUGUCUGGCCAUUUCAGCUCCACAGACACGAAGAAAUGGCUGAUCGACGCCAACAGCUGGUGGCUCGGCGCUUACUUCAUCCUGCAGUACUUGUGGACUCUCGGCGUGAUUGCGGGCAUUCAACGCACUACCACCGCCGCAACAGUGAGCCAAUGGUACUUCCACCGCCUCGCCGUGCCGCAGCCGAGCAGCCAGGAAGUUGUGCGGGCUAGUUUCCAACACGCGACCAGUGCUCUAUUCGGCACGACGUGUCUGUCCACCUUCCUGUCCCUGCUUGUCCGACUGCCACUCAUCAUCCUCCCAGGAAGACUGUCCAGUCUGGUCAACAUGUGCGCUUACUGGAUUAUUCCCACCUCCCUGGCCACGCUCACCAAUCCGCUUACCCUGACAUAUGCGGCCAUCCACAGCCAACCCCUCGGCAUCGCCGCUCGUGGGCUGGGCCAGUUAUCCUUCAUCUCCCGCACCAACCCCUCCAACACCAUGGGACCUCGCAACUUCGCACCCAACAACGGAACAGUCGUCCCAUACCACCUUGCCAAACUCCUCCUCACCGCAACACGCUAUAUCAUGUCGUUUGCCCUAGGUAUGGCCGGGUGGGUGCGCACAGCGCAUAACCUGCAAAUCAGCGAUGGCGUGAGGGGAAGCCUGUACGCUUACAUUGUCGGCUUGGUGGCGGGUACGAUCGGGUUUGCGGUGCUCGGGGCUGUGGAGAACGUGGUCGGCGCGGUUGUUGACGCAGCGGUGAUCUGUUGGGCUAGUGAGACCGGUGGGAGGGGGGAGGCGAGGUUUUGUCGGGAAGCUGGGGAGUUGUUUGGAGGACUGGGGCUGCCGCGCGUACUGAACGUACUACUACCUGCCGAAUCUGCCGUGCUGAAAGCCUCACGUGAUGCUCCCCCGCUCGGAAUUCAGGUACUCUGA